AUGCAGGCACAGGGGUUGCGGGCUCCAGUCACGACCCUGACAAAGUUCCACCAGAGCACUCAUCAGCGGCUCUACAUCAUGAAAGAGGAUCCGCCACCUGAGCCGCGGCGGUGGGAGGAAGACGGCGGCUUGAUGGACAGCGGUGUCAGCAUCGGAGGACUGGACUACAGCACGAGCGGUCCCAACCACGGAUCGGUCAUCGUCGGGAUGCUCAAAGUUGGCCCCAAGAAUCUCUUUGUGAUGGACGCGAACAAUAGGCAACUCCAAGUGACGCCGCUCUGUGUGCUCGACUUUUACAUCCACGAGUCAUUCCAGCGAAGAGGCUACGGAAAGCGGCUGUUCGACUUUAUGAUGACGAUGGAAAACUGCACCGCUGCGAGCCUGGCGUACGACAAGCCGUCUCCAAAGUUGCUAUCGUUUGUGAAAAAGUACUAUGGACUUUCCGAAUUUUUGCCACAAAACAACAAUUUUAUCCUGUUUCGAGAGUACGGACUGGAGCAGAUAGCAGCAGAUGCUACCUUCAUCGGUCGUAAGAUGCGGCAUAUUGCCGGCUAG